AGACGGGGGCAGUGAAGCAUAGGAGGCCAUCGAAAGGCCUACCGCUCAGUGUUCACGUCACUUAACUGGUCCGGCGAAUAGUGUGUGAAGUCUCUCCUUGGAGACACCAUGACGGUCAUCGAGCCCGAUCCGGUUCUUGAGGAGAAUCCCAUAGCCAACAACGUGAAUGUGGAGGGCUCGGUGGAAGAAAAGGAACGCCUUCUUGAUGGAGGAUUUGUAGUCCUCGGCAGCAACGCCUGUGGUCAUUCCUUCAGGUAUAUGUCACCUUCUGUCUUCCUCGUCACGAACCACGGUUUUGAUUUUGGUAUCAUCUGGUCCCGAUGCUUAUGGAUAAAUAUAUCUUCAUCAUCCAUAAAUGGUUUGUGAUUGAUGUAAGAUUAGGUCACCUUCUUCAGGUAUAUGUCACCUUCUUCUUCUUCUUCUUCUUCUUCUUCUUCUUCUUCUUCUUCUUCUUCUUCUUCCUAACCGGUUCCUGUUUUCAUGGUGAUGCGGGGACUAUGAGAAAGAGAGCGAAAGAAGAGCAACAGUGGAAGAGUUCUACCGUGUCAAUCACAUCUACCAAACAUAUGCUAUAUGGAUUUGUCUUAUACAACUUUCUUUCUCACGGUGAUGAUUUCUGUAUAUGCCAAAAGUUCCAUUCGAAGUUGGAUACGUUUUGAACGAUCUAAAUUGUUUAGAUGUCUGCAACGUCAAACCUCCAAAGAUACGGGGUUCCAUUGUUUUUCUUUUGAUGUUGUUGUCACGCAAUUGCUGCGUCUGCGUCGGGCUAUUAUUCGAUCGUAUAUCUUUUGAUGUUCACCUUGUUUUGAAGUUAAUUUUACGUGACUGCGGUUGAUGCCUGCGGCAACGCGAAGAAGAAGAAGAAGAAGAAGGAAGAGUAUGGAAAGCUGCAGAAGGCGGAGAUGAGCAGAUGGGACUGCAUCGAGCUUCUGAAUGAGAUAGUCGACGAGAGCGAUCAGGACCUCGAUGAGCCCCAAAUCGAACACCUUCUCCAAUCCGCCGAAGCCGUUCGCCGAGACUACCCGGAUCAAGAUUGGCUUCACCUCACUGCCCUCAUCCAUGAUCUUGGAACAGUACUGAUGAACCCCACGUUCGGUGGAGAGCCUCGGUGGUGUGUUGUUGGUGGUGAUGCGUUCCCACUGGGCUGUGCAUUGGACGAAUCCAUAGUUCACCACAACUAUUUUAAGGAGAACCCACUGUUACAAACGAGAUUGGGGGUGUACACCGAGAACUGUGGGCUCGACAAGGUCACCAUGUCUUGGGGUCACGACGAGUACAUCUACCUGGUGAUGAAGGGGAAUGAGACGAAGCUGCCUCCUGCUUCCUUCUUCAUCAUGCGGUUCCACUCCUUGUAAGCGUUGCACCGAUCCGGUGCCUACACGUAUCUCAUGAACCAGCACGACAAAGAGAUGCUCAAGUGGCUCCUCGUCUUCAACAAGUCCGAUCUCUACAGCAAGAGCAAAGUGAAGAUAAAUCUGGAGGAAGUGAAACCCUACUACCUCUCUCUCAGUGACAAGUACUUUCCGGCAAAGCUGAGAUGGUGAAUUGCAGCAUCACCAUGAAUAAAGCUACUUCUGGUUUUACGACAGUAGCCUCUAAGGGUUGCAGCCGUGUUAAGGUGUUCUAGUGAUCAUCCAUGCAUGUACUGCUUGGUGGCUGCUAUCUAAUAACAUCAACUUGCUUAAGAUGGAGUAGUGAGGUGAAUGAUUCAAAUGGAUAAUAUCUUGGUGGUCCCUUUACUUGGUUGUUCUUCGUAUUUCAUCUUGCCACUCGAUCCUAACUAUGAUGUCAUUUUGUCUGAGAUUGGAUGCAGCGGGACUUGUCUCGACAUCUGUCAUUGGGUUGAUUAGGACUGUGCACCUCUAUCCAUUGUAAUAAAUUGACAUAAUGAGUCAUUAUGGCCCUCAGAA